AUGCACGGUAGGUUGGUGCUAGGCAAGCUACCGUGCGAUGCGGUGCGGUGCAGUCAUGGAAGGUACGAUAUGGCGUCUUUGGUCUUUGUCAGUGUCUUGCACAAGCUGAUUUUGUCACGUCCCGGCUACGGCAGCACUAUUGCCAUGCUGAGACACGGCUUUAUUGAUCAUAAAGGUCAAAGGUGGAGAAGAGAGGAGAAGCGGCGGUGGAAGUGUAUUGCAAAAGUGCUGAUGCAGGACUGGGCAAUGCAGGCAGAUAGGAUAUUGGGAACCCGGCAAAAGGAAAACAGACGAAAUGGCAUUAAUAAGUGGAAGCUCGGCUUCAAUGGUGGACGUUUGCAGGCGUACGAGGCGUCUAGGUAG